UUUGUUUGGAUCAUCCAACUCCACCAACACUUCUUUUCAUUUAACCAAUUUUAUUUUUAUUUUUUAUUUUUUUUAUUUUUAUAAUAAUAUAUGAUUUCUACUUAUAAUAUAAGUAAGAAAAUAUCUCGUGUUAUAAUGUCCUAGGAUUCCCUUACAAAAUGGGUUGGAAAAUUUUGAAUAUAUAUAAGUUGGUAUGUUAAUACAAAUAUUAAGAAGGUAAUAAAUUAAGAUGAGUACGGCUAGAUUUAUCAAGUGUGUUACGGUUGGAGAUGGAGCUGUGGGGAAAACAUGCAUGCUUAUUUCCUAUACCAGCAACACUUUUCCUACGUUUUUCAGGAUUAUGUGCCAACGGUGUUUGACAACUUUAGCGCGAAUGUGGUGGUGGAUGGUAACACGGUGAACCUCGGACUUUGGGAUACUGCAGGACAGGAAGAUUAUAACAGAUUAAGGCCACUAAGUUACAGGGGAGCUGAUGUGUUUCUCUUAGCCUUUUCUCUUAUAAGUAAGGCUAGCUAUGAAAAUAUCUAUAAGAAGUGGAUCCCUGAGCUGAAACACUACGCCCCAAAUGUACCAAUCGUGCUGGUUGGAACCAAAUUAGAUCUUAGAGAAGAUCGUCAAUUCUUAAAGGAUCAUCCAGGGACAUCAGCUAUUACUACUUCUCAGGGUGAGGAGCUAAAGAAAAUGAUUGGGGCAGUUGUUUACAUCGAAAGUAGUGCCAAAACACAAGAGAAUGUGAAAUCUGUGUUUGAUGCUGCAAUUAAGGCUGGGUUGAGGCCACCAAAAAUGAAGAAGAAGCAAGUAGGCCGGAGGUUUAAAGCAUGCACAUUUCUUUGAUGAUUGCUUUUUAUAUUAUUGUAAACAACCAAACAAGCAAUAGUUUUGCUAGUAACAUAUACACACACUUAUUAUUUACUCUCCUUUUUUGACGGGAGGUUGUUCGAAUUUUCAAUAAGUAGGAAAACAAAACAACGCGCUAAACAUGCCUGAUGCCUCGUAACAUUGAACUAUUGUAGUCCUUAAGUAAUGAAAUUAUACACAAUUACGAAGUAUAUUACGGAUU